AUGGAAACCUUCAGCGGAUCUUCUGUCUACUCUGCCCAUUCCAACACCCGCUCCUCUUCUUCUUCCUUCAAAUAUACCAAUACAAACCAACACACGCCAACUCGUGAAUCCCAAUCUCCGCGCGACUCUACUUCUCUUCGUUUCCCAGUAGCCCCAACCACCCCCGCAACCGACGAACGGGUAAGUUCUUGGGUCGAGAGCAUUACGCCUGCCAGAAUGUCUGCACCCAGUGAGGAUGGCAGUGCCCUAGGUGAUUCUACCUACGACUUCAUCGACACAGAUACCGAGAGUCAAACCGAUAAUGCAACGACUGAGUCGAUUGCUUCCACCGAUUUCGGACGCCCUGAUGAUAUUGCCAGCUUAGCAGACACAGAGCAAAGCGAUGAUGGUAGCGGGGACGACAAUAGCUCACAGCAGGCUUCGACACAGCCGUUUCCAGGCUUCAACCAAGCCGUCGAAGAUGCCUUCGAGACUCCCACAAUAGGCAGAAGUUCUGCAGUAAUCGUCGAGGAUAUGGAUCGAAUACUUUCUCAGUCGAUCGAGUUCGAGGAACCCUUCAAUCUCGGUGCUGAGAAUGUUUCUGUCAAACAUACAGUUGUUGAGUUUGACGAGGAGGAAACCUCUAGGAUAGCCAAAGAUAUGUCUCUACCAACUCCACCACCACGCUUGGCUGUUACUAUCCGACAAACUAUGACUAAACAAGGUCUUUCUACCCGAGAGCCUCUUCGCAUACUCUACGUUGGUAGUCACUCAGCAAAGCAGGACAUUAUUGUCAAGCUUGCCAGCACAAUUACUGCCUCAAUUGCCGGAGAUAAACGAGCAAAACACAUUCGCGAUUCUGCUUCACAAUUAUACAAUGUUGUCCCGGUUUCGGCGUUUGGCUCUGAGCGUACUCCAGAGAUUGAGCUUAUGCAUUCUUCGGGUUAUCAGAUCAAGGUUGAGGAUUGUUGGUCUGCUCACGCAGUGGACCAUGAGGAUUCUCCUUCUCAUAAAUCCGAGAUCUUCAAAUUGACGACGGAGGAUCGCUCAUACCAAUCCGUGCCGGAAGGGAAAGGCUAUAAAAUCGAACCACAAUGGGAACUCCCUCAUAUUUCAGUCAUAUACUGCUCGGACAGCGAUGACUUGAAUGCCAGACGUACUCGAGCAUAUGCAAGAGAAUUCAUGAAUCGACAUAACAUCCCUUCAAUUGUCAUAUCACAUAAGCAAAUGUUUGACCGCGCUCAGUUUAUGCCUUUGGAUCAACACUCUAUCCAUAUGUGUUUGGAGUCUCGAGACUCGAACGGAAGAAUGAACAUGAUUCAUCAAAGACUCCCAAUCGAUCUUGCCUCUUUCUUGAAUAUCGACGCACGACAAAUGAAUCGAAACCUCGCAUAUCUUACUGGCUUCUACGAACCCCUUGAUGAGGCAGAGGGAUCUGCUUCUGCGAAGGCCAUUGAUGGUGCUCGGACAGACAAGGGACACGCCCAUGGUCUUAGCGGCUUUCUUCAUUCGCUUCGCGAACAGUAUGCAGCUGAUUGGCAAAAAUUUGUCAUGCACGUCGGUUUUGGGUUGCUUCUUUUUACAGUCCUUCCAGCACUCAUGAUGUCCAUUCCGAGCUAUCGGUAUUCAAAUCAACGUACCAUCUCAAUCAAUAGUAAGAUCGUAUCAGAUGUACCCAGCUUCUGCACGACUUCUAUCACAAAUGUAGCGGUUGCGCCCAGUAUAACAGCUGCCACAAGCGUGGCCCAAAUAUCAACCUCCACUCGCACCAUCACUGUUACACAAGCUCAACCAUCAGGACCAAACGGUCUCUCGGUUGUGCCAUCAAAGGAGCUCAGCACUACUUUGCCAAAAGUGCAGAACUCGAAGAGCAAUAAAUCUUUGUGUUCUGCUGAGAUCCUUGGAAACAGAGAAAUCUUGAUUCGCAUUCCUUCAGCAACCAAGUUGACUUGGCUCAAUAAAGAAGCUAUCUCUGUCAAUAUUACCAGAGAUAACUACACCGUGGACACUGAACGUGCCUAUAGCUCCGACGAGGGAAUUGUCUUGCUGUUACCAAAAAAGGAGGCAUACGGCGUGCUUAACAUCACCAUUGUCACUACCAAGAGACCAAAAGUCAACGAGACCUUCAAUCUCGAUUUUGGAGUUACUGCCGUUCAGGCAAUCCAAAAUGUGUUUGGAAAGAUUGCUUCAUUGGGGAUAAGUGCGGAUCCGUUCUCGGAAUUCAUUUCUUCUGCCGACAAACUGGUUGAAGAUGCACGAAUGAAAUCACAGGCUACCUUGAAUCGGCUAGAGGGCGCCAGAAAACUUGCCGUGGAACAAGCAUCAUCUGCUUCAGGGAGCCUUACUGGACUGGCUAAAUCGAUGUCCUCGGAGACUGCUAAGCGUAGCGCUCAGAUUUCAAAGGAAGUUAGUCUUCAGCUUGCAGAAGAAAUGCAGAAAUUGAACAAAAUCCAAGAACCCAUUAACAACGGUAUUUUAUCGGCCCAGGUCCAAUCGAAGUUACUCUGGCUCAAGAUGCAAGGCAAGCAGGAUGAGUAUGCUAGGUACCAAAAUGCUGCCUAUGAAGCCAUUCGAAACAAGCGCCAGGAAGCUCGCAAGGCUCAGAAGGAGGCAUUGAAGGGAAAGUUCAACCGGGUGAAGGAUCAGGCAAUGAAAACUGUACAGAAAUCUGGACUGUCGAAGAAGAGUUGUUCCGGGAAGAAGCAGAAGGCUUGA